CUCCCCGUUAAUUUUAUUCAGACAAAAUGGGUGGUAUCGGCAGAGAAGGUGGCAAGGCCAAGCCCUUGAAGGCUGCCAAGAAGGAGAAGAAGGAGCUCGAUGAGGAUGAGCUCGCUCACCAGGCCAAGAUCAAGGCUGACGCCAAGGCCCGCAAGGACAUGCAGGAUGCUGCCAAGGGCAAGAAGGGUCCUCUCAACACCGGCCAGCAAGGCAUCAAGAAGUCCGGCAAGAAAUAAACGGAUCGCAUACCCCUCGACGG